AUGGACAGGAGUCUGGGCGAGGCUAGUGGCAUUGUGGAGGAUGUAGAUGAAUUUUUGCCGGGGAGUUCGUUGGCGAAGGAUAGUCGUGUUGUUUGCAGGGGCCGACUACCGCCGAGGCGAAUGGUGAAACGUGUUGAAGAUGCGCCUGAUUUUUGUGUGCCUCAUGUCUCCGUGGAUGACCAGCCAUGGGUAGGUGGUUUUUCGUUCCUUGAGGUUGACUCUUUUGCGAGUCUGCCGCGUUGUCGCAAGAACACGGAGGUGGGCAAGCGGAAGUACCAGUCGCCUUUUUUGGGCUCCGUGCCGCAAGAAGGGAAGGCUAGGCCAUUGCGCCUCGCGGGGCCGGCUUCUCCUGUAGCGACACCCGCGGAUAGUUCCCUGGUGGAUAAGAAGAACGAGACGCGAGAAUUGCAUCGGCAGCAGCCCGACAAGAUGACGCCUGUGCCGUCUGUCACGGAUGCCACGUUUUGGAGGCAACAGGCAGCUGCGCAUUUGUUGCGAGAUGGCGGUGUUGAUGAUGUGCAGAGUUCUCUUUCGGGGAGUUGCGGGAAGGUGUUUGCUGAGCCAUGCCCUGUCACGGGGGAGCACAGUUUGCAGAGGCAUCCUCCUUCGCCAGGCUUUUAUGAUGAGGCAGAUGACAUCGUUGAGGACGUGGAUGACUUUAUUUUUGGAAGUCCACUUAAGCGCGACCUCUGCGUGCCGGUGCCGCGGCGGCCGCGUCAGCCACCAAAGGCAACAAAGACGAAGGGCAGGUUCAUUGCCUUCUCGAGUAUUCUUAUUCCGAACCUGUCGCUCCCUGGGAGCACGGUGGACGACACCGUUGAUUCCUCCUUGGUGCCGCGGCCACAACAGCACGCCGUGGGGGUGGGUGCCGGGAGGGGCUCCUCGAAACCUCUCUCUGGGCAUUCAACGCUGGCUCCAAACGCAGGGGUAGCGGAGGGGGAGUUGGCAAAUCUGUCGCUAAAGUCACCGUCUCGCGAGCGUUUGGUCCCCCAGGGACGCUGCCCAUCGUUGUCAUCUUCGCGCAGGCCUUCCUUCUCUCGCAAUAGGCGCAGGCGUCGUGAAAGCGUCGGUGAGGCAAGAAGAAAGCUUGCAGAGCGGAGAUCGAGUAAAUGUACAACAAAAGUCGGCGGAAGUGAGCGCAAUGGUAGCGUUUUUCUCCGAGAUGUUGUGACCUGUGGGGUUGCUCGAGCAAAUGAAUCCCCUAGAGGUGCAAGUCCGUGCGGAGAUGCAAAGGUAACCAAUUGUGGGACGCAGGGUGAAGACAACUACCCGGUUGUGUUUCCCCCGCGACGCCACAGUAAGAUUCAAGAAAAUCGCGCAGAAAUGGGCCGAUAA